AUGAAUAUGAGCUCCACGCUCGAUAAACUAAUGAACGGACGUUGGCGCAGAAACGGUCGGGAUUCAGAGUUGAAAAUGGCAACUGGAGCUGUUCCAGCUUCAUUUACAGGCCUAAAGAACAGGGAUCAUCAUGGCCUGGGGUUCGCUAAAUGUCCCGAGUUUGUUAAAGUGUCUAACUUGCAGAAUAAGAGAGUUAAAUUUCACCGAACCAAGGUUACUGUGAUCAGAAAUUCACAAAACCCUGGUCCAGAAACAGCUGAGCUGGAGCCUGCUUCAGCGGGAAGUCCACUAUUAGUUCCUAGACAGAAGUACUGUGAAUCCGUACACAAAACUGUCAGGAGGAAAACUCGCACUGUGAUGGUUGGAAAUGUGGCUCUUGGUAGUGAGCAUCCCAUUAGAGUUCAAACAAUGACCACGACAGAUACAAAGGAUGUUGCUGCAACGGUUGAGCAGGUAAUGAGAAUAGCUGACCAAGGAGCAGAUAUUGUUAGAAUAACAGUGCAAGGAAAGAAAGAAGCAGAUGCAUGUUUUGAAAUUAAAAAUUCCCUUGUUCAGAAGAAUUAUAACAUCCCUCUGGUAGCGGACAUUCAUUUUGCCCCUCCUAUUGCAUUGCGAGUUUCUGAGUGCUUUGACAAAAUUCGUGUGAACCCAGGAAACUUUGCUGACAGGAGAGCUCAGUUUGAGACGCUAGAGUAUACUGAAGACGAUUAUCAGAAAGAACUUGAGCAUAUUGAGCAGGUUUUUACUCCGUUGGUUGAGAAAUGUAAAAAAUAUGGGCGGGCAAUGCGCAUUGGGACAAACCAUGGUAGCCUUUCAGAUCGUAUAAUGAGCUAUUAUGGGGACUCCCCCAGGGGAAUGGUUGAAUCUGCAUUUGAGUACGCUAGGAUUUGUCGGAAACUGGACUUCCACAAUUUCGUCUUUUCAAUGAAAGCAAGCAACCCUGUUAUCAUGGUCCAGGCAUACCGUCUUCUUGUAGCUGAAAUGAACGUUCUCGGAUGGGAUUAUCCAUUACACUUGGGAGUAACUGAAGCUGGUGAGGGUGAAGAUGGACGGAUGAAAUCUGCAAUAGGUAUCGGGACACUUCUUAUGGAUGGUUUGGGAGAUACUAUCAGGGUUUCUUUAACUGAAGCACCUGAAGAGGAGAUAGAUCCCUGUAGAAGAUUGGCUAAUCUUGGAAUGAGAGCAGCUGAGCUUCAGCAAGGAGUCGAACCAUUUGAAGAGAAGAACAGACGCUACUUUGAUUUCCAACGUAGAACUGGUCAAUUGCCAGUGCAGAAGGAGGGUGAAGAGGUUGACUACAGAGGCGUCCUUCAUCGUGAUGGAUCUGUUCUCAUGUCUGUUUCCCUGGAUCAGUUGAAGGAACCUGAACUCCUAUACAAGUCUCUGGCAGCAAAACUAGUCAUUGGAAUGCCAUUUAAGGAUCUGGCUACUGUGGACUCAAUCUUAUUGAGGGAGCUUCCACCAGCAGAUGAUAAAGAUGCUCGACUAGCUCUCAAACGGUUAAUAGAUGUUAGUAUGGGAGUUAUAACUCCCUUGUCAGAGCAGUUGACGAAGCCAUUACCCUACGCCAUGGUCUUAGCAACUCUCAAGGAAUUGUCAAGUGGUGCUCACAACCUUCUUCCAGAAGGUACACGUUUGGUGGUUUCCGUGCGUGGCGAUGAAUCCCGAGAAGAGUUAGAAAUUCUGAAGGGUGUUGAUGCAACAAUGAUUCUUCACAAUUUACCAUAUGCAGAAAAGAAAACUAGCAGAGUUCAUGCAGCAAGGAGGCUUUUUGAAUAUCUUUCUGAAAAUUCCUUGGACUUUCCUGUCAUUCAUCACAUAGAGUUCCCUAGCAAAAUUCACAGGGACGAUUUAGUCAUUGGUGCUGGGACCAAUGCAGGAGGCCUUCUAGUCGAUGGGCUGGGAGAUGGUAUCUUAUUGGAAGCCCCAGAUCAGGACUUUGAGUUCCUUAGAAAUACGUCUUUCAAUUUGUUACAAGGUUGUAGAAUGCGAAAUACAAAGACGGAGUACGUCUCAUGCCCAUCUUGUGGAAGGACUUUAUUUGACCUUCAAGAGAUCAGUGCACAAAUAAGAGAGAAGACAUCCCAUUUGCCUGGUGUUUCGAUCGCAAUCAUGGGUUGCAUUGUGAACGGCCCAGGAGAAAUGGCUGAUGCAGAUUUUGGGUAUGUUGGAGGUGCUCCUGGAAAGAUCGACCUUUACGUUGGCAAGACUGUGGUGAAAAGGGGCAUAGCUAUGGAGCAUGCAACAGAUGCCUUGAUCCAGCUAAUUAAAGACCAUGACCGUUGGGUGGAUCCUCCUGCAGAAGAGUAA